CAACCAGUCUGUGACAGGGGGAAAAGAUGCACAACGCCUGAAGUGCAGAAAAAGUCGGCGGGAGACUUGCCCCCUGCAUCAGUGACCAGAGAUUCAAGUUCAGGCAAGGCUCAACGAGAACCUUUGACAAGAGCAAGAAGUGAAGAAAUGGGGAGGAUUGUGCCAGGACUGCCUUCUGGCUGGGCCAAGUUUCUUGACCCAAUCACUGGAACCUUUCGUUAUUAUCAUUCACCCACCAACACUGUUCAUAUGUACCCACCGGAAAUGGCUCCUUCAUCUGCACCUCCUUCCACCCCUGCAACUCGUAAAGCCAAGCCACAGAUUCCUGCUAAAUGGGAUAGGGAACCGUCCAAACUGAAGCACUCCUACUCCUCCCCAGAUAUAUCCCAGGUCAUCCAGGAAGAAGAGAAAAGGAAGCCAACAAUGACUCCAACAGUUAAUUGGGAAAAUAAGCCGACAUCCUAUCCUAAAGCUGAGAUCUCGAGACUUUCUGCUUCUCAGAUUCGGAACCUCAAUCCUGUGUUUGGAGGCUCUGGACCAGCUCUCACAGGACUCUGUAAUCUAGGAAACACUUGUUACAUGAACUCAAUACUGCAGUGCCUGUGUAAUGCUCCGCAUUUGGCGGACUACUUCAAGCGAAACUGUUACCAGGAUGAUAUUAACCAGUCAAAUUUAUUGGGGCAUAAAGGUGAAGUGGCUAAAGAAUUUGGAAUAAUCAUGAAAGCUCUGUGGAUGGGGCAGUAUAGAUAUAUCAGUCCAAAAGACUUUAAAAUCACCAUUGGGAAAAUCAACGAUCAGUUCGCAGGGUACAACCAGCAAGAUUCCCAGGAACUGCUCCUGUUCCUCUUGGAUGGUCUCCAUGAAGAUCUAAACAAAGCUGAUAAUCGGAAGAGACAUAAAGAAGAAAAUAAUGAUCAUCUUGAUGACUUUAAGGCUGCAGAAUAUGCUUGGCAGAAGCACAAGCAGCUCAAUGAAUCUAUUAUUGUCGCACUUUUUCAGGGUCAGUUCAAAUCCACAGUACAUUGCCUCACCUGUCACAAAAAGUCCAGGACUUUUGAGGCCUUCAUGUAUUUGUCUCUACCACUAGCAUCCACAAGUAAAUGUACGCUUCAGGAUUGCCUUAGAUUAUUUUCCAAAGAAGAGAAACUUACAGAUAACAACAGAUUCUAUUGCAGUCAUUGCAGAGCUCGCCGUGACUCCUCAAAAAAGAUAGAAAUCUGGAAACUGCCACCUGUGCUGUUGGUGCAUCUGAAACGUUUUUCCUAUGAUGGCAGGUGGAAGCAAAAAUUACAGACAUCUGUGGACUUCCCAUUAGAAAAUCUUGACUUGUCACAGUAUGUCAUUGGCCCAAAGAACAACUUGAAGAAGUAUAACUUGUUUUCUGUUUCAAAUCACUACGGCGGACUGGAUGGAGGCCACAACACUGCCUACUGUAAAAAUGCAGCAAAACAGCAGUGGUUCAAGUUUGAUGACCAUGAAGUUUCUGACAUCUCUGUUUCUUCUGUGAAAUCUUCCGCGGCUUACAUCCUCUUUUAUACUUCACUGGGAUCACGAGCAACUGAUGUAGCCACAUAAGGAUGUGGCUCAUGACGUAGGUGAUGAGCUAGUUACUUUUUAAAAGGCUCAGCAACGCAACGG